GAAGCAUGGUUUAUGAAAUUCGAGCAUCUUUUCUUUCUCAAAGUCAGGAAGCUUCUUCAGUAAGUUUGGUCUCUGCAAGAAAUUUUGAGUUCAAAGUUGAAACUACUGCAAUUCAGUUGAAUUCAACAAGUAAUUUAAAAGGUUGCUCAACUGUGUUACAGGAUCUUCAAGCUUUUUCUUCUCUGAACAGUUCAAGAAUCAAGUUUCAAGUUUUUCUAAAGACAUCAAGUUCCAAUCCUAAUUGAUUACUUACCAAUGACGCGAGACAUAAGAUGAUCACAAAUUCAAGAGAGAAGGGUUCUCCAACAAAGAAGGAAAGCAACACCAAUGAGAGCAACAUCAUUAGGGCAUCAUCAUCUAGCUCAAGAACAUGGUCAGGGCUAAGAGAUCCAAGGAUUGUACGUGUUUCGCGUUCUUUUGGAGGAAAAGAUAGGCAUAGCAAAGUUUGCACCAUAAGGGGAUUGAGAGACAGGCGUGUUCGGCUUUCGGUGCCUACUGCUAUUCAACUCUAUGAUCUUCAAGAUAGGCUUGGUCUCAAUCAACCUAGCAAAGUUGUGGAUUGGUUACUCAAUGCUGCUAAACAUGAAAUUGAUGAACUUCCUCCACUCCAAAUGCCACCAGGAAAUUUUGGUCAAUACCCACAAUUGGCAAUAGUUUCUCAUGGAAUGGAUGCAACUACAACCCAACAACAAUCUUCCCUUGCUUCCUUUAUAGAUGCAAAUACAGAAUAUGUGAAGGAUGAGGAAGGAGUACUUCCCUCUUCAUUAUCUAGUAAAGGAGGAGGAGGGUUAUUAAAGAUCAAUGAUAAUGUUGUUGGGGAAGAUAAUCAAAUUUCAUCAUCCAAGUUAAAUUAUUGGAAUUUAGAUACUCAUCCUUCCAGGUUGAAAUGUAAAGAAGUUGCAAGAGACACAAAUAGUGCUGAGAAAAUCAACUGGAUGAAGAGAAGUGAACCGGAUAAUCAAGAAGGAGGCGGUGGCGGUGGUGGUGGCGUCGAGGGUCCUAGAGCCAGCAACAAUAUCUCUUCUGCUUCAGGUUUUGUAAACAAUAUUGCCAUACCAUACAAUUCUUAUUAUCACUGGGAGCCUUCAAAUUUAUCUUUAUCUCAUGAUCAAGAUCCUCAUAACUACAAUAUUGUGUCAUUACCCUCUUCAUCAUCAUCAUCAUCUCUACCAUCAGGAUCUCAACUAUUGGUAUAUCCAUCUUCAUCAUCAACACCAUCUUUUAUUCCUCCAUAUGUUACUGCUCCAGUGGAAUGUGAUCCAAGACUAGCAAACCAUAUUCAGAUGUUGAGCUCAACUUCACAUGGUCUCUUACCAAAUUCUCUUAAUCCAUCUCUUUACUCAAUAAGUCCAACCAUGAGACCAUUCUUGAGUACAGCUUCUAGGGUUGUUCUUGCUCAGAACAAUAAUGAAAGUCAACCAAAUAAGGACAGUAGCAGCAGUGACCACCCUUCAAGCACUCACACAGCAAGUUUUUUUCGUAAAGGUUAGAGAAAUCUAUAUAUGCUAGCUUGCAUGGAAGA